AUGGUAGACUAUGGUAGAAAUCAUCUCAUAAAUUUUAGAGAUUUUGCCACGUUCAUGCAUCUGUGUAAAGGUUCGAUUGGCAACGGCGUGCUUUUUUUGCCAAAUGGGUUCCGAAGAGCUGGCUACGCGAUGUCAGUGAUUUGCAGCGUCCUUAUUGGCCUAUUGUGCACUCAUACCGUGGUGGCACUGGUGCGAUGCGCUCAGGUGUUGUGCAGACGCAAUCGCAUACCGAUGUUGGAUUUCGCGAAAACGGCGGAGGUGUCCUUUCAAACUGGUCCAGAAGAGAUUCGAAAGUACGGGAAGACGUUUGGCAUCGUAACCAACGUGAUCAUCUGUUUCGUGCAUUUUCAGGCCGCAGUGAUAUACAUCCUUUAUGUCUCCACUUCGUCUCAGCAACUAAUUGUAUUUUUCUUCGACGUUAAAAUGGAUGAUCGGAUCUACAUACUAGCAUUGUUUCCCGUUGUCUGUCUAUUGAGCUUCAUUCCGAACAUGAAGUAUCUGACACCAUUUUCCGUGGUCGGUGCUCUGUUUAUGUUAAUUGGUAUUUCCGUUACCCUGUACUAUCUCUUCGAAGAUUUCCCCGACCCUGCAAGAUUAGAAGCUUUUACGCAAGCUUUGCCAGUUCCGAUGUAUUGCAAUCUGUUCCUGUACGCUCUUCAUAAUGUGACCUUGUGUCUACCGCUGGAGAACUCGAUGAAGAAUCCGGAACACUUGCCACGAUUGAUAACAUGCAACAUGUUGCUUAAUACCUGCUUGUACACAAUGUUUGGCUUCCUUGGUUAUAACAAGUAUAUGAAGAAUACCUGCGACACGGUAAUUAAAAAUUUACCGCUGGAGAAAACACUUGCGAAAUCAAUUAAAAUAACCAUUUCUUUGUCCGUUCUGCUCUCAUUUGGGUUGGUCUUUUAUGUACCAAUUUCAAUAUUGUGGCCAAUGAUUCGGUCGAAAUUUAACAAAAUGGUUCGUUAUGGAGAAGCGGUAUUCCGUUUUUGCGGCGUAAUUGCAACGACAAUACUGGCAGUUUCGAUUCCGGAAAUGGUUCCACUACUUAGCCUUCUCGCAGCAUUAAGCAUGACCACAGUUAUGUUAUUGAUUCCUGUAGUGAUAGAAACUGCAACAAAAUGGGAACAGGCUACUCGAUUUCUUCUCGUAAAAAACAUCGGUAUUACUCUGAUCUGGAUUCUGUUAUUGAUUUUUGGAACAAUCGAGAGUAUAUUGUCUGUCAUCAAAGAAUAUGGUGGUGUGAAAGAGGAAGGAUGCUGAUUAUUGAAGUUAAUUAGUGAAAACGGCGAAUCAAUUUGCUCUAUUGCUUCUCCGCCAGAACUUGAAGGGAUCUCAAACAAUUUUACAAGUCAAUGGAUUUGUAUCUCGUGAAAACUACUUAUAUUUACAUACGUAUAAAUGUUUCUUACGUGAUAGUUUAAACUUCCGUAAACUUAUUUUCUGAUAUUUGUUUUUUAUUAAUUACUUAUCUUAUAGAGCUUGAUAAUACCACAGAAAAGAAUUAGAAAUAUUCAAAGUGACAAUAUGAGAAUAAUACAAAGACGAGUAUUCGAAUAAAAUCUUACGUAAACUUUUAAUUUCCUCUGUAUUUUUCACUCUUACAGGAAUAAAUCGAAACCAAUUCUCCACAUAAUUGCAAAGUUGAUAGCAUCAUCAGAAAGACAUGAUGUUAAAAUUCCGGAAAUGUUAGCUCUUAUGUAAGCAUGCCGCUAACGAGAAAAUUCUAUAAAUAAUUAUGUAUCGAGAUGUAGUUUGCAUGAUAUACGUUGCUGUAGUGCAACAGUGAGAUCAUAAAAUCCAGUCUUUAGAAAUAACUUAAGUGAUCAACAACUGACGACGACCAUUUACAAACAGGGAAAACCCAAUGAUGAACGAAUUUUUUUUAAUCAAAAUACCAUUUUGAACUCAGUGCAAUUCAUUAUUUUAUUGCUUGCGAAUCGUUAAUCAGACAUUGCAACGUCGCGCGUUACCCAAUAAUCGGUAUGUAAGGGUUGGACCUUCUCUUUCCGCGAAAUAUGUGUUCAUCACUUACUUAUUUUCUGCACCUCCUCUAUCUCGAGAAAAUGCCAAGUCAGGAAAUUCGAGUGUCCAUCCCCAGCAACGUGCCUAACUUUAAUCAUUUUUCUACUAGUUUGUAGUAGAAUUUCACCAAUUAAACACGAAUUUUUAAACAAAUCUAAGUGCGCUCCUAUUUUGUUUUUUUUUUUCUUUUUU